CUUUCAAACUGGUACUGAUGAGCAGGUGGUCACAUGACGGGUGUGGGGAAUGAUUCACUGGCUCACAUGAUGCACUAGCUUGUUAUAACUGAGUAUAAAUUGCUCAGUGCCAGGGAAGUGGGUUCUGUCCCUGUUAAAAGAGGAAGUAUGUCUGAUACUGAACUGAGCAAAAAACAUGCCCUGCCCCUCAGUUAAACCCAAGGUUAUAUCUAUUGUCUCUCUCUUCCUCUUAAUGGUAUAAAGGCUGCUGCUUCACACAGCAGGAGGAGGAAAGUUGGCAUAAAGCUACUUUAGAUCAGUGCUGAUAAAUUGCUACGGUAUGAGAUAAUUGUCUAUAUCCUGCUGCAUGUGUCAUACAGUGCAAGGUCACUGGGGGAGCCGGCAUUCCCACCCACUGUCAGUUGUCAACUUGAUGUAAAAGUAGUUUCUGUGAAGCCUGCUCGUCUAUUGCAUAGCACAUUGUGCAAUUACACUUUUUUUGCCACUUUUUCUACAUCCUCAGUGACGUGUGGAUUUAUUUGGAGUGACACCAUAAUAACAUUAUUCAAGAAAAAAAUGCAGUCAGCAGGAGGAGGAAAACAGAAUUUUGAUGACCUACCAUCUACAUUUGCGAUAGUGGGCACUAUAGUCCAUUCGACAGAACUGAGCACUAUAACUGUUAUAGAGAAUGGCGUGUUGCACGUUGCAGAUGGAAAGAUUGUGUCUGUGGGUUCGGGAGGCGAUGCACCUGAAGGGGUUACCACAGUGCGUCUAACAUCAAACCAGUUCCUGAUGCCCGGCCUCAUCGACUCGCACAUCCACGCACCGCAGUACCCGAACUUGGGUCUCGGCUACGACAAGACUCUGUUAGAUUGGCUCGACACAUAUACCUACCCUAUGGAGACCAAGUACAGUGAUGUCGAGUUUGCACAGACUGUUUACAGAAAAAUUGUGGAAAGAACUCUGCAGUGCGGGACGACGACAGCGUGCUACUUUACGACGAUCCAUCCCGAGACGGCGCUGCUGUUGGCCCAGGAGGCGGCGGCGCAGGGACAGCGUGCACUCGUCGGCAAAGUCUGCAUGAACAUCAACGCUCCCGACGACUACACUGAGACUACGGAACAGUCCGUCACGAACACCCAGCAGUUUGUAGAGGACGUCGCCAAUCUGGGGUGUGAUUUGGUAAAGCCAGUCAUUACACCACGAUUUGCCAUUAGCUGUGAUAUGGAACUCAUGACGAAGCUUGGGAAGUUGGCUCAGCGGAAUAAUCUUCAUGUACAGUCGCACAUAUCAGAAAAUGAGGGUGAGGUGCAGACAGUUGCAGAAAUGUAUCCCAACUGUGCGAACUAUGCCGAAGUGUACGAUAAGGCAGGUUUACUGACAAGCAAGACGGUGAUGGCCCACGGAGUCCUGCUGAAACCUGAAGAAAUCACUCUGCUGAAGGAGAGGGGGACAUCGAUAUCCCACUGUCCCACAUCCAACAUCAACCUACGUUCGGGUGUCUGCCCCGUGCGGACGUUGCUACAGUCCGGCCUCACAGUCGGUCUCGGAACAGAUGUGUCUGGAGGCAGCACAGAGUCGCUACUAGAUGUGAUGCGCAGUGCCCUCAGCGUGUCUGUGCAGAAGGGCUUCGAUGACAGCUCUCAGCAGCCUCUGAGUUACCAGGAGGUCUUCUACUUGGCCACCAUGGGAGGAGCCAAUGCUCUCUCUAUGGGCGACGAAGUGGGAUGCUUCAAGGCGGGCAUGCAUUUUGACGCGCUGGUUGUCGACUUGAAUGCCGGCCCCGGCACUGUCGUCUUUGAAGACCUGCCACUGAAGCCCCUGGAAAUGGUGCAGAAGUUCAUCUACUGCGGUGACGACCGAAAUAUCACUGCCGUGUUUGUUGAAGGGCGUGAACUCAAGGCGACAGCAGCAGCCGACGUGCGGCAGUUUGACUGACAAACUGCUGAGCCGGGGACAACAGUGUGCUGCUAAAGUACACUAAAUUACUUGCGACACUUUCACCUCACUUUACAAUAAUGUAUUCUGUCGUACGAACAGAAUAAUUCUUAAGAAUGUAGCCAGUUUUAGCUGCCUGUGAAUGUAAUAAUUGAAGCGUUCUCUAGGACAACGACUUAACUGCAAUCGAAAUUGGUCAGAAAUUCUUACAUAUUACACUACCAUGUCAUAUACUGUGAAACAAAAAUAUCAGCCACGCGGUCUGAGGCAUCUUGUCACAGUUCGUGGAGCUCCCCCUGUCGGUGGUUUGAGUCCUCCCUCGGGCACGUGUGUGUGUGUGUGUGUGUGUGUGUGUGUGUGUGUGUGUGUGUUGUCCUUAGCAUAAGUUAGUUUAAGUCAGAUUAAGUAGUGCAUAAGCUUAGGGACUGACGACCUCAGCAUUUGGUCCCAUAAGACCUACCCACAAAUAUCCAAAAAACAUUUCAUUUAUAUUUGACUGAAAUUCAGUCAAUCCAAGAGCGUUUGAAAUGUAUUUUAAAAAACCCUAUUUAAAAUGUUUGAUGCUCUUUAUCUCUAUCCCAGUAUAUUUCAUUUAAGAAGUUGUUCCAGAGAAUGCUCUACUUGUAACACUGACAGAACACAUGGAAAUUUUAUUGAGUUUUUUUCUAAAAUAAGCUGAUCACUUUUAAAGAACUCUCCAUUACUCUUCUUCCGUUUGUCCAGUUGGAAGUGGUAGCUCCUGUGUAUUUCUCUGUACUGUUUUUCUAUGUUGUCAAAACAGUAACACACCCUGGAUUUGUGUUGGUAGCACUACGAUGACUUGUUAGUAAUAUGUAGUGAUUGCACAAACAUCCCUCAUGAGUCAGUCUGUGUGUGUUAGUGAAAACUAUAUCAAAAUACCUACAGUAGAUCCCAAACACAGACAAGAACUGUGGUGGCAGGCUUUAAUUUAUAAUAUGUGUAGGUUGGUGUCCUAUCAUCUCCCAUUUCCCAUAUGCAAACAAACAGAAAUAAUGUGAAGCAAGGUCAGGUGCCUUAGGUGCACACCACAAGGGAGCUAUGCUGAUUUUGGCCAAAAAUUUCUGCACUAAGAUGGCUAUAUGAAAGCUACAUUGCCACAGUGGCGGGAACCCAGCCAGUCUUCUGUUACAAAUUAGGUCUCCCUUGUGUAUGCAAUUCUACAAUAUUCUCGGACCCUGCAAAUAGGAAAACUGAUUAACAGUCUGACCUAGUGGAAGCAACUCUGCAUGUUUUACCCACUCCCUCACAUAAAAAGUUUCAUAAAGCAUUUUUAAAGAUGAUACAAGGAUAUCCUCCAGGGGCUAGCUUUGCUGCAAUUUGAUUUACUAGUUAUGACACGAUGUUGAGACUCAUUGCCAGAAAUAAUAAUUCUGGAUCCGGUUUGGAGCUGCUUACAGCAAACACUUUCUUUUUGCUAAUCUGAGGCUGAGUAUCAAAUCUGGCAGUGACACCCCCCCCCCCCCCC